AUGGGGGCCAAGCACACGAAUCGAUGCGUGCUGAUUGAAAUGCUGAGCUUAGGGUUGGCUGUAGCAUUCACCUUAAUCAUUGCCAUCGCAGUACCCAUUGAGGAAACCUCACAUUCUCCUCAUACCCUGGGUUUCCAUCGCCCUACCAUGAAUGGAACAUUUUCUUUCGAGAAACACCACACGCUAUUCGACCAAGGCGAUGAAGAUGUUUCUGAGAAGAGGGACGUUGAAGCCCUUCUCUCCUUCCGAAGUAGCAUUACAGCCGACCCCAUGGACUCACUUUCCAGUUGGACUUCUAUCAAUUCAGGAAAGAUAUGCUCGUGGAAUGGUGUUUGGUGCAGAAAGAAUACCCAUAGAGUAGUGGCCAUCAUUCUUCCUCUAUUGGAGUUGGAAGGUACAAUUUCUCCCUCAAUAGUAGCCCUCUCCUUACUGCGCACAUUGAAUCUCUCUGCUAAUUAUUUCACUGGAAGGAUUCCACCUCAAUUUGGGCAACUCAAAGCAUUGAGAGUACUCGACCUCAAUACAAAUCAACUGAUAGGUUCCAUCCCUCCAUCUCUUGCUAAUUGCACGCACCUUCAAUCGAUCAGACUUUCACAAAAUUACUUGACUGGGAGCAUAUCUCAAGAAUUUGGUGGCUUGGGCAACUUACACCAUCUCCGCUUGUCUUACAAUGGACUGGUUGGAAGAAUUCCGGAUUCUCUGGGGAACUGUACAUCACUCCUUGAUUUGGAACUUGGACACAACAAUCUCACAGCUGGCAUUCCGUCUGAACUGGGGAGGUUGAAGAGAUUGGUAUCCCUUGACCUGCAGUCGAACAGGUUGGAGUCUCAAAUACCAGCAGAAAUAGGUAACUGCAGCGCUCUUGAAUUGCUUGAUGUUGAAAAGAACAAUAUCCGUGGACCAUUGCCCUUGAGUAUUGGGAUGCUUCCUCUCUCCCACUUUUCUUUAUUAGGAAACCAGUUUGAAGGCACACUGCCAGAAGCUGUCUUCAAUAUAACCAAAUUGACCUCCUUAAAUUUUGGCAUGAACGAAUUCAGUGGAACCAUUCCCCAAGCCAUUGGAAAGCUGACAGAAUUGACCUCUUUAAAUCUCGGUACAAAUAGGUUAACAGGUCUGCUGCCUGAAAGCAUAACAAAUUUGAGCAAGCUUGAAGUUCUUUUCCUGGACACUAACAAUCUGACUGGAGAAAUUCCCAAGGGCGCCGGAGAGCUGCAAUGUUUGCAAAAAUUAAUUCUACUUUCAAACAAUUUGACAGGAGGCAUUCCCGCUGAACUGGGGAGGUUGAAGAAGUUGCAGUAUCUCUGGCUGCAGUAUAACAGGUUGAAAUCUCAAAUCCCUGCAGAAAUAGGAAAUUGUAGUAAUCUUAAGAGUUUUGAUUUGGGACACAACAAUAUCCGUGCACCAUUGCCCUUGAGUAUUGGGAUUCUUCCUCUCUCCAAAUUUUCUUUAUUAGGAAACCAAUUUGAAGGCACACUACCAGAAGCCUUCUUCAAUAUGACCCAGUUGACCCACUUAAAUAUUGGUGGAAACAAGUACAAUGGAACCAUUCCCCAGGCCAUUGGGAAGCUGAAAGAGUUGACCUUUUUAAAUCUCGGUACAAAUAGGUUAACUGGUCUGCUACCUGAAGGAAUAUCGAAUUUGAGCAAGCUUGAAUAUCUUUUUCUUGACACUAACAAUCUGACAGGAGAAAUUCCCAAGGGCAUAGGAAAACUGCAAUCUUUGAAGACUUUGUUUUUAUUUUCAAACAAUUUAAGUGGACCAAUACCGCGAAGUAUUGCGCAACUCAGAAAUCUUAGUCGGUUUGCCAUCUACAAAAACAAAAUUUCUGGGUCUAUUCCAGACAGUAUCGGCAGUUUGGUUUCACUUCAGGCGCUGGAUGUAUCUGAUAAUCAGCUCACAGGUCAAAUUCCGGAAUCAAUAUUCAACUGCAAGUAUAUGACCGAUUUGGUAUUGGCCGACAAUUUUUUGACCGGAAGAAUUCCAACAACAUUGAUCAACUUCACAGCCUUGAAAACCCUAAAACUGUCCAGCAACUCAUUCUAUGGGGAUCUGCAUCUAAAUUUUCCUUUAUCUACUGAAGUUAUUUCAGCUCAUUCUAAUAAUUUCUCUGGUACUCUGCCUGCUUCCUUGGUCAAUUGUACGAAACUUAAGCUUGUGGAUUUAAGCAGGAAUCAAUUCACAGGUAAGUUUCCCUCAGGUCUCCUUGCAAAUUGUCAAGAGUUGAGAGUCUUAAGUCUGGGCUCCAAUAAUCUUGAAGGUAGAGUACCCCUGUGGAUAACAAACCUCACUAGUUUGCAGGUGUUAGAUUUAUCCAAUAAUCAAUUCAGCGGAAGAAUUCCCUCUCUUCUGCAUGGCCUCAAGGGAUUUCAAAUUUCAAAAUCUUCUCAGCUGACAGGUAACACGCUUUAUGAAGAAGUACCCUUAAUAGUGAAAGGAAUAGAGUAUACAAUCUCUUAUGUGCUAGCAGCAAACAUUAUAUUGGACCUGUCAUGCAAUAAUCUAUCUGGUGAAAUACCCCAAAGUAUUGGGAAUCUGAGUAGCCUAAGGCUAUUAAAUUUGUCUGGAAAUCAUCUGGAGGGUGUGAUACCGGCAUCUCUGGGACAGAUAUUAAGCCUGGAACAGUUGGACUUCUCUCGGAAUAGUUUGAGAGGGGAAAUACCCGAGGAGCUGUCUAACUUGUCCUUCUUGGCCUAUUUCAAUGUUUCUUUCAACAUUCUUUGUGGGCGUAUACCUGGAGGAACGCAGUUUUCGGGUUUUGAUGAGAGAUCAUAUUGGGAGAACCCUCCGUGUUUAUGUGACAAUACUAAUAGAUUCCCUUUCAGGAAAUGCAUAAAAAAUGUCACAUUGGUUUCGCCUUCACAAAAUGGCGAGAAGUCAGUAUGGAGCAGAGUAGAUGAGCACGUGUCUCUGAUUGGUUUGGGGUUGGGGUUGGGGAUUGGAUUUGGAGGAACAAUGUCACUGAUUGUGUGGUGGAGAGAACUAGGGCGUUGCAUGAGGUUCCUCAAAAGAAGAGGCUUUUAUAGAGUUCCAGACUCCCAAUGUUUUAGCUGGAGUUUGAAUUACAGGCCUCGUUUUUCAUUUCACCCAUCCGCACCCGCAUCCACUAGUUAG